AUCCAUCGCCCCAUAUGCACUGAUCACCCCUCAGGGAGGACACACAAGUGCGCCAGCGACCCAUCUGAAUCUGACCUUGACGUUGCCUGCACUUGGUAUGAUAGUCAAGCCAGUAUCGCCACGGCGACUCAACCUCAAGGCUCUUGGCUGUAAACAGUAAUAUCCGACAAGCCCUACCUGGCCGCUCACACCAGCCAACUUCAAAGUAGCACCACGGCGCUCAAGGUCCAAUAUUGAAUACAUGAUGUAUGCAGCUGUGCACCGCGAAGAGCAGGGGCUGUUGCGCAAGAUCGCCUGGAAGCACAUACAACGAGCCACAAUCAGCGCCUUCUCUGCAUUAAUCCCUGGGCGGAAGGACAACCCUGACUCGCGGAAGGCCCAACACAAGCCAAGGACGAUCACCCGGGCGCAUCCUACUCUGAAGACGAACGCCCGUGGCUUGCAUGGAAGACAAGCCAGCUCACGCAGUAGGCCUUGUCCCGGCGGUCAAACCACCCCCCCCCCCACGCGCCGCGUUGAAAGCGCGGAUCGCAGUCUGUGCUAGGAACAUGAGAGGGUCUGGACGUGCACCCAGCUUGGCUCGCGAGUCGCGAGUCGCCGCACCGCUCCGGAUUCCGCCCACACAGGCCCCAUCGAAACUGUCUCCGUACUGCUGGCAAUGGAUCGGAUGAGAGGAGAUUGCCCGGGCGAGAGGGUCGCGGCGGAUUCGAUACACUGGUCGUGUAAACUAAAACAUGCUGGAGAUCUGAUGCGGAUCGAUGCGAUGCUAAUGGAAGAGGUACAUGGUUACCUCACGGCGAGCCCUGAAACGAGAACCAGUAGCAACCACCGACUCAUGCUGCACAUUCCAGUCUUCUAUUAAAUCAGACUUCCCAAUAGAAUCCGUGCUGGAUUCGAAGCCUAUGUGUAGGACAAAAAUGGGGGACACCGGACUGGCCUCGUGCAGAAAUACAAGCUCGCUCAUGCGCCGGCAGAUGCCCUCAACGAUAACAUGAUCCUGCGUCCUCGCACCCGAUUAUGAAGCAGAUGAUAAUGCUCGCGGCAAGGCCAUCCGCGUAGUGGAUCGAUCAUAGGACUAGGGACACGGUCGUGAGUCGUGGCGACUGAGUCGGCGCGGAGAACCGGGGGAGGGUAUAUUCGACAUGAUUCAAAUCCACGAGAGACAACGUCAAUGGACGUGCUCCCCCAGCGAGCCCCGUCUCCCUAUAGAGAAUAUAAGCGAAUUUCUCGCGAUUAGUGGGAGGCGCUAGAGGACUGAUCGCCACAUCGUCCAUUUGACUCUGCGAUUGAGAUCUAGAGCCCCGGUCCCACCUGA